CGUAGAUAUUGAGUUAGCGGAUCAGGCUUGCCACUCCCAUCAGUUCCAUGCCCUGACGAAGUCGUCUUGAAGAAAUUGAAAGCUAAAAGGGCACGAGACGGGUCUAGAGUGCGGCAGUGGCAACUUCGAUCAACAUUUCGGUAAUGGAUGAAGACAAGGAAGAGCUCAGGCCCGGGGACGAUGGCUUUGACGGCUUUCAGAGGCAGCUGCCGGAGAACUGUGUCGAUUAUAUGCUCUUCAUACUCGGAAGUAUCCCUAAGACGGACGAGACGGACGCUCGGAAAACACUUUUCAGACUCGAGGCCGUACGGAAGGAAGCUGUGCGCUUGUCGGAUGAGCUUACAAGAGACUACAUCUGGCAGCGAGAGGCGUUUUCUUUGCAAACCAAAACCGACAAAGGUUUGUUGUACUUGCAUGGAACGACUGACUACGGCGACUGCGUCGAGGACGAGUGGCUGAUUGUCCACUUACUCCGAGAGCUCUCCAGAUCCUUUAACGAUCUAUGGAUUCGCGUCUCUGAUAAUGACGGGGAAUUUCUCCUGGUUGAGGCUGCCAAUGUCUUGCCCAAAUGGCUUAAUCCCGAGAUCGACAGCAACCGGGUUUGGAUCCACGAUGGCAAGCUGCGCAUCAUCCCUGUCGGGGACGACGCGGGGUCCAGCAGCAAGUCGUUGUCGUUACCAGAAGCGAUCAGGACUAUAGAAUCGAAGCCCGACUGCCCAAUACACUCAACCUUCAUUGAAGCCGAAGCUUUCUACCGCCUGGAGAAGUAUCCUCGCCAAAUUGCGGGCUCGCUUCACCAUUCGCGGGUGACGAUUCCCAGGAAGUUGGCGUACAUCUUACAUGAUCGCCCGAAGUCCAUUGCGCCAGCUACCGAAGCCUUUUACCUUCGCGACCCCCUGGCACUGAAGCCCCUUGUUUCGGGCUCCCCGUCUCUCGUGUUCCCGCCAGCCGACUUCGUCACAGUAAGCGUCCGCUUCACUAAAGUGCUCUUUGCGCAGUUAAGGUCUCAACGGUUCGAGCCGCCGCCCGUGUGGACGUCGCUGAUACGGUCGGCCGAGACCGAUGCGGCCGAUGGCUCCGAGGAGGCUCGGAAGAGGUUGUCCCAGCUGGAGAUGGGCAUGAAGGUGACAUGCGGCUUCGAAAUGCUCGCAAGAAUCGCGCACAAGAGUAACAAUCGCGUUGCGCGGGAGGUGGCACUUGUCCUUGAAGAUCUCGAGGACGACGGCGACUCGGUGCUGCCGACUGACGCGGACAUGCAUGCCUGGAAAGACGUCGAUCGAGAGGACGACGACUCCUGGCUAGACAUCAACUUCGAGGAUUUCGAGCGGGAACUGGAGGGCAAACGUGGCGGGGAACUGCAACCGGAUGCCCAGCCCAGCUUUGGUGAUGCUGGCACUGAGGCUGACCUGAGGAAGAUAGUUUCGAGAUUCGAGGCUUUUCUUAACGACGAGCAGGCUGGCGUUGAAGGGGCCGAAAUUGACGAGAUGGACCAAGAUGAUGAUGAAGACGACGAUGACGAUGACGAGGAAGAGGAAGAUAGCGAGGACGAAGACAAGGAGGUCAGCUUUGACGAGGAGCAGUUCGCCAACAUGAUGCGGGAGAUGAUGGGGCUUCCCCCGGACGGCGAGAGGUCACAGAAGGGUAAAGAGAAAGCUACCGAGACCAAACCCCCAGAAGCCGGUCGCGAAGUCGAUGACGAGGAUGAAGAGAUUAGGCAACUCAUGGCGCAGAUGGAGUCCGAGCUAAACCAACAUGGUGCUUUGGACUUGGAUCCGAAGCCGAAGAAGCCUGCCGCCCUCAAUGACCAGCCCUCCCGAGCGCAGCCGCAAACCGGCGUGGCCGAGGAAGAAGACGAGGCAAGCGGGGAUGAAGCAGUCGACCUGGACUACAAUUUGGCCAAGAAUCUGCUGGAGAGCUUCAAGGGCCAGGCCGGGAUGGCCGGUCCCGCGGGAAACCUCCUGAGCAUGAUGGGAAUGCGACUUCCACGUGAUGAAGCAGAUGAGGAGGACGACGACGACCCCAAAAAAAGUUAGGAGUUAGGCGCUCGUCGUUCCGUGUCAUCAAAAAGUAAUGGUAUCUAUCCGCGGGGUUUCUACUGGUAAACCCCAUUCAUGAUUCCCUAAACAUACAUACAUGAGUCGUCAAAACUAGCCAUGAAGCCAACCACCCAUGUAC